AUGCAACAGCGUAUUGAACGGGUCGCGGAAGACCUAAACUGUCUCAAAAAGUUCUACAACAUUCCCUUUUCUCCCGAGAGAGUGAGCCGGCUUCAGGCAUACUACAAUGAGCAGCUCAGCGAUCUUAGCAAAGAAGGCUUUGAUAGCCAUUCUCAGGACGGUAAUAUUGACUACUUGCUUUUGCAAAACUACCUGAAGCGGAACAUGAAACAGCUCGACACCUUGAUGCAAACCGGGAAGGUAACAAUUGACAAACCAAGUGCUUCCCGUGCCGCAAAAGCGGCAGACCAGCUCCGCAAUCACUUACAGGAGUGGUUUGGUUUCUUCAAUGCCUACGAUCCGUUGUUUACCUGGUGGGUGAACCAUAUGAAACUCAUGGGCACCACCCCUGGCGACGAAGAGGACGCUAUUGUUGGAAAGCCCAUCGGCCGCGAUGGCCUGCUUGUCGACCUUGGUCGGCAACUGGCACCAGGCUCUCGAGUUUGUGAAGACCCUCCAGGUAGAGCCGGGCCAACAGACCACUUGUGCGAUCUCACACUCGAAGCAAUCGAUUACGUGACAAAGCAGCAUGGCCUCGUUACUGUUCCACCCCUCGCGGCGGGGACGUGGAGAAUAUUGAUGACUGCACAGGAGUGCGCUGAUCAGCUUGUGAAACGGGUGGGCGACGAGCUGGCAACAGCGGAAGCCCAGGGUCUUUUAUCGGAUAUAGUAUUUUGCGAAGAACCUUUGUUAUACAAAAUGAAACAUCCAUAUGGUUCCGAGUCAAGUUAUCGCAACAUUCGGGCCUCGAACCAAGAGCUCCGGCCACGUUACGGCCUCAUGACCGUUAUGCGGGAGGUUGCGUGCGGUGCGUCUAUCCCAGUGGGCGCGAUACAACAUGUGGAGCCGUUAAGACCUCGAUAA